CCUUUCUGGUUAUGUCAUAUAAAAACAACAGCGUACAUCCAGUGGCGCCGCUCGGAUGUUGUUAGUAUAACGUUAAUACUUUAAUAUGUCGCCAACAGUCCUCACAAAUAUCAAUGCGAUUUUUGUGUUAUUUUUGGCUCAUACGUCAGUUAGCCUUCGAUAAUAUAGAAGUUUAAUAGACAAAUGGCAGAGAUACAACAAGAAUGCGGAUAGACACGAAAGGAACAACGUAGGUUGCUCUAGGUAGAUGUGGACUCAGGGAAAUUUGUAUUUUUAAAAUACGAGAGAGUGUCCAGAUGUGUUAGAUACUGUAGGACUACCUCACCCGAAGUGACCUCAACGAAGCAGCAGGAAAUGAAAUUGGAGAGGCAUUAAGUGCACACACUCGUGUCUGCAGCUGCCGCGCGCAUUUCCCCAUCGCUGCGCGCGUCCCGACGGCUGUGCGCGCGGACCCCUGUAAACACCGGUGGGACAAAAUGACUAUCCCGAAAGACAUCCCGGAGAAGUGGUUCCCAGUCAUUCUUCCUCUUAAACGGAAAAAAGAGGAAUUAUCCAGCUCAACAAAAAUAAGAAACACCGCAGAGGAGGAAAGGAGAGUCCGAGCCAACGACAGAGAGUACAAUGAGAAGUUUCAGUACGCUAGCAACUGCAUCAUGACCUCGAAGUACAAUGUCAUCACCUUUCUACCUGUCAACCUCUUUGAGCAGUUCCAGGAAGUUGCCAACACCUACUUUCUGUUUCUACUCAUACUGCAGUUGAUUCCACAGAUCUCCUCAUUAUCCUGGUUCACCACCAUUGUGCCUUUAGUGCUGGUGCUGAGCAUCACUGCAGUCAAAGAUGCCACGGAUGACUAUUUUCGUCACAAAAGUGACAACCAGGUGAAUAACCGUCAGUCUCAGGUCCUCAUCGGUGGCAUUCUUCAGAAAGAGAAAUGGAUGAAUGUCAGAGUCGGUGACAUCAUCAAGUUAGAGAACAAUCAGUUUGUGGCGGCUGAUCUGCUUCUGCUGUCCAGCAGUGAACCUCACAGCCUGUGUUACAUUGAGACUGCAGAGCUAGAUGGCGAAUCAAACAUGAAGGUGCGUCAGUCUCUGUCUGUUACCUCAGAGCUGGGAGAUCCUAAUAACCUGGCCCAGUUUGACGGAGAGGUGGUGUGUGAGCCCCCCAACAACAAGCUAGACCGUUUCUGUGGUACUCUGUAUUGGAAAGACUGUAAAUAUGCCCUCAGCAACCAGAACAUGCUGCUGCGCGGCUGCGUACUGCGCAACACCGAGAGCUGUUAUGGCCUUGUUAUAUUCGCAGGUCCUGACACCAAGCUGAUGCAGAACAGCGGCCGAACUAAGUUCAAGCGAACCAGUAUAGAUCGACUGAUGAACACACUGGUGCUGUGGAUUUUUGGCUUCCUGGUGUGUAUGGGAGUGAUCUUGGCCAUAGGAAACGCAAUAUGGGAAAAGGAAGUGGGUGCUUUGUUUCAGAGUUUCCUACCCUGGGAUCCUCCAGUUGACAACUGUAUCUUCUCUGCCUUUCUCUCCUUCUGGUCUUAUGUCAUCAUCCUUAACACAGUUGUGCCUAUUUCCCUCUACGUCAGUGUGGAGGUGAUUCGUUUGGGUCACAGUUAUUUUAUUAAUUGGGACCGGCGGAUGUUCUGUAGCCAUAGUAACACAGCAGCGGAGGCCCGAACCACCACACUGAAUGAAGAGCUGGGACAGGUGGAGUACAUCUUCAGUGACAAGACAGGAACCCUCACUCAGAACAUCAUGACCUUUAACAAGUGCUCCAUCAAUGGCCAUGCAUACGGUGAGGUGGACACUCUUAGUGCCCAGCAAAAGAGGACUCCAGAGCCCCUGGACUUCAGCUCGUGGAACCCCUUAGCAGACCGUGACUUCUGUUUUUAUGACCAGUCUCUGCUAGAGGCUGUCAUGAUGGGGGAAUCAGCAGUGCAUGAAUUUUUUCGUGUGCUGUCUCUCUGCCACACAGUCAUGAGUGAGGAGAAGAGCGAGGGAGCGCUGUUAUAUAAGGCUCAGUCUCCAGAUGAGGGGGCAUUGGUAACAGCUGCCCGUAAUUUUGGUUUCGUGUUUCGCUCCCGAACGCCUGGUACGGUCACCACACAAGAGCUUGGCAAAUCGGUGACGUACACGCUCCUCGCCAUCCUGGACUUCAAUAACAUUCGCAAAAGAAUGUCUGUCAUAGUGAGAAAUCCAGAGGGCCAUAUACGUCUUUACUGUAAGGGUGCAGACACUGUGCUUUUUGAGAGGCUUCAUCCCAGCAACCAAGAGCUGUUAAACAUCACUUCAGACCAUCUUAACGAGUAUGCAGGUGAUGGGUUACGGACGCUUGCUGUGGCCUAUCGGGAUCUGUCUGAGGAGCAGUGGGAGGAGUGGGAGGAGCGCUAUCGUUGUGCUGAUAAGGCCACAGACUGCAGAGAUGACCGGCUGGCUGCUGCCUAUGAGGAGAUUGAACAAGAUAUGAUGCUGCUUGGGGCCACAGCUAUAGAAGAUAAACUACAAGAGGGGGUUCCUAAGACAAUUGCCAUUCUCUCAUUGGCUAACAUCAAGAUCUGGGUGCUAACUGGAGACAAGCAGGAGACUGCAGUGAAUAUUGGUUAUUCCUGUAAGAUGUUAACCGAUGCCAUGACAGAGAUCUUCAUUGUUAAUGGACACACUGUCCAAAGCGUGCGUGAAGAACUGAGAAAAGCCAGAGAGCGGAUGAUUGAGUCAGCACGCACCAGGGAUGGAGGGAAGGAAGCGGAGGCUCAGGGUUGGGGUGGAGCUUGUGCAGUUGGCAAUGGAUGUGGAGGUGAUGCUGCUAAUUGGAGUCCUGAUGAGAGUAAACGCCCCCCUCCUCAGGCCCCACCAUCUUCCCUGCUGGAGUCUAUCGGUGGAGAGUUUGCCCUCAUCAUCAGCGGACACAGCCUGGCUCAUGCAUUGGAAGCAGAUAUGGAGCGUGAGUUUUUGGAUACGGCGUGUGCAUGUAGGGCAGUGAUCUGCUGCAGGGUGACUCCUCUUCAGAAAGCUCUGGUGGUAGAGCUGGUUAAGCGUCAUAAGAAGGCCGUCACACUGGCCAUUGGAGAUGGAGCCAAUGACGUCAGCAUGAUAAAGACGGCUCAUAUCGGCGUAGGCAUUAGCGGUCAGGAGGGGAUCCAAGCUGUGCUGGCAUCAGAUUACUCCUUUUCCCAGUUCCGCUUCUUGGAGCGACUCCUGCUGGUGCAUGGACGCUGGUCUUAUUUGCGCAUGUGUCGCUUUCUCUGUUACUUCUUCUACAAGAACUUUGCUUUCACUAUGGUGCACUUCUGGUUUGGAUUCUUCUGUGGAUUUUCAGCACAGACUGUUUACGACCAAUAUUUCAUCACUCUUUACAAUAUCGUGUACACAUCCCUGCCCGUGUUGGCAAUGGGCAUCUUUGAUCAGGAUGUACCUGAGCAGAGGAGCAUAGAGUAUCCCAAACUCUACGAGCCCGGCCAGCUCAACCUGCUGUUUAAUAAACGAGAGUUUUUCAUCUGCAUUGCACAAGGAAUCUACACCUCUGUGGUUCUGUUCUUCAUUCCGUAUGGAGUUCUGUUUCAUGCCACGCAGAGCAACGGCGUCCCACUCGCAGACUAUCAAACUUUUGCAGUAACAACUGCGACAGCCCUUGUCAUUGUUGUCAGCGUCCAGAUUGCUCUGGACACUGGUUAUUGGACAGCUAUCAAUCACUUCUUUAUAUGGGGCUCUUUGGGUACCUACUUCACUAUCCUCUUUGCCAUGCACUCCAGCAUCCUGUUCAGGAUUUUCCCUAAACAGUUCCAAUUUCUUGGCAGUGCCCAUAACACAUUAAGCCAGCCUGUGGUGUGGUUGACCAUUGUUUUGGCAACAGUCGUUUGCAUUGCUCCAGUCCUCGCCUUCCGCUUCCUCAAACUGGACUUAAAACCUCAGCUGUCAGAUACGGUGCGCUACACUCAACUUGUGCAGCAGAAAAAGCGGAAGCCCUGUGGCCGCACGGGUCGUGGAGUGGGUGGGGCCGGACCAGCUGGUGGCAGCGCUCUCGGUCGUCUGGGGAGAGGUGGCUCUCGGCGCUCUGGAUAUGCAUUCGCCCAUCAGGAAGGUUUCGGCGAGCUGAUCACGUCAGGAAAGAACAUGCGCCUGAGCUCGCUGCCUCUCGCCUCAUUCGCCUCUCGCCAUAGCAGCGGUUGGAUUGACACUCUUCGCAAGAAAAAACACGCAAACAACACAGGUUCACAUAUUACACUGACCGCUGCAGACGACAACACGGCUUCUGCUCAUGGCACACCUCAUUCUGCAUCUUCCUCUAUGAUUGGCCCUCAAGACACAACGCAGGCCGAGGCAGGGCAGGGGUGUAAUGAACCUGUCCUUACUAACAACCCUGAUGAUAUUGCUCUGAGCAUGGUUAGAUUUAGAGAAAAAGAGGCUGGGGGAUGUAGUGCUGUAACGGUGCAGGAAUCAAUGUUUGCAUGCAGGGGUCCUGGAACUUCUGCCAUUGCAAAGGAAACCUUGAAUGGCGAGUGAGGAAAAGUGACCAACGGAUGGAUAAACCAAUUGGGAAUCACUGAUGUGAAUCCUCGCACCUUCUGGUGUUUAUUUGGCUGUGUUUCUGAGGACACGGCCGUGAAGACAGAGCACCUGACGGCUAGUUUGGGAGUAAAGACAUGCUUAAAUUCACAUGAAAACACAGAUCAAUAUGCAAACUGUGCAUCCAGACAGUGCAAAGAGUGUUAUCUGUUAUCACAUUCCCUGUACUGUAUAAGACCUCAGAUGUCUUGUCAGUAAGGGCCACUUAGUCAUUUGAUUUGUUUAUGGCUGAAAGAAAGUUUUCCAUUCUAGAAAAGCUUUCAAAACAUCAAACUAUUAGAUAACAUUGGCACAUAACAGAUUGUAAUGUUAAAGCUUUUUUUGCCUUAAAGGUAUUGUGGAGGAUUUUCUUUUUCCGGGUGGAUCAUCAAGACUAUUGGUCCUCCUAGUUGUCAAUCAGGAGUGUUGUGCAAUUGCAUUUUUUUAAAAAGAGGACAAGGCGGUUCUUUUCUAAAAUGCGAGAAAAUCCUAUGCUAUACCUUUAACUUUGAUCCUAAAAAGCCAUAUCAGUUUUAACUUUGAUUGGUUAUAUGAGUUUUAUGGCUGUUUUACACCGCAUGUGCCAGCAGAGAGUACGAGAAGCUGCAAUGUGACUACAGAAGCAGAACUGAUGUAACCCAGUGGUGUAGUGGUGCCCGGAGAAAUGGGUAUAUGCUUAAUUUACAGUAUGAUCCUUUUUUUAAGUAGCCCAACUAAGGUUGAAUGCCCUUGUGUUUCAGCGUAUUGGUCAUUUUUAAAUUAUUAUUAUUUAUCAAUGUUUAGAAUUUAAAAGUGGGUAUACCCCAUGCUCUUUAAUAAAGAAGUGGGUAUACUUCAUAUACCCUGCACUACACCACUGCCACAAACACUGAAAGCAUCUAUGCUUCAUAACAGCUGUGGCUCUAUAUAUGGAAAAUAAAGCUUUAUAAUAUAGUAUAUAAGUUAUAAUUAUAAUAUUACUUAGAAAUAAGUAAUUAUGUACUACCUAGUUCAAAAAACAACCAAAGCUAAUAAAAAUAUAUACUUCUGAAAAAUAGUACAAUGUUACUUCACCAUCUUCAUCUAAAGAGGAAGCUGUUAUAUCUCAGGCUUGGUUAUUUCUUAAUGAAUGCUUUUAAAAUAUAUUUAUUUUUAUGCACUUCUGCUGCUGUUGUGUGCAGUGUGAAAGGUCAAACUUGUUAAUAUGAGCGCCAUAAAAAUAUACAUUGCUUGCUUACACGUGCGGUAUAAAACAGGCCUUAAAAUAAAUGGGUAAUAGUAUCAACUUUAGCCACAUCAAGUUCUUAUCCUCAUUAGGGUGGUUUCCCAGACAGGGUUUAGGUUAAGCCAGGACAAGGCCUUAGUUAAAUUAGCACAUUUAAGUUGUUUUUACAAACAUAACUUACAAAAGACAAUAUUAGUGUGCAUCUUGAGACAAAACAAUAUCAUUGAUAUAUUUUAAUAUAUGUCAGGGCAAUAUGGUUUCUCAAAUUUGCAUUUUUUGGGACUAGGAUAAGCCCUGUCCGGGAAACUUCCUCAUAAUGUUUGUAAACAUGACCACUUAUCUCUUUUUUCAGUUUGUUUCAUAUAAAUAGUGCUCGUUUAUCAUCAUCAAGAAGUGAGCUUUUAGAGAUAAGUAAAUAACUGGUUUACCAACUAUAACUUACAAUAACUUACAAUUUGAUAUUCUGUUUCCACUGUUGAGAAUAGCACUUUGAUUUUGUGUUGAAGAAAACACUAUAGUUCUCGGUGAGAACGUGACUUUACUGUGUUAGAUGAAACCCUUCCUUCCUCAUCUGUUUCUUUGCACCAUAUUGGUGCUUCCACCUCUGAAUGUCUGUCUAGACUCAAAGCUGAUUGACUGUAAGUCCAACUCUGAUCUGCUGGAGUCAAGCUACCGUUACCCUGAGAGUUGUGGAUUGAUUCAGUGGACUGUGAGUGAAGGUUUGGAAAAAACUUUUCACUGAAGAGUUACCAAAUGGCAACUGGUCUAAAUGUGGCCUUCAUGGGUGUUCGAAUUUAAUAGGCUAGUAAGAAAGUAGUGGUGUGUGUUUUUUAUUGUUUAUGAGAGAGACAAAUAGUCAACAGUAUUAGAAAUACUUAAUGAGCUUCUUGGUACUUAUCAUGCACCUGGUGUAACUUACAGUAGAUUUAAUCGUACUGAUUAACAAAGAUAACAGCUAUAUGCCUUUAAAGAUAAACGUUACAGUGUUUAAAAUGUGUACGUCCUUACCAUUCACAGCAUCACAUUCUUUCAUGCAUUCUCUGUCUGUUACAACAAAAGAUUUAAAGUCAGCUCAAAAUCUUUUGGGGGUAUAUUUUUUCAGUUUCUGUUAAGGAAUUUAAUUAAGCUGCUUUCACAAAUGGGCCUAAUGGAAAAGUAUAAAAUU